UUGUUUUUUUAAAGGAUGCAGGAGUGUGUAACAUUCUGCGACCGUUACUGUUACGACGGGCUGACAAACUAUAGGCAUCCCAAUAUGAGAGCCAGGCUGAAGUUCAGAAAAGCUGAAGAAAGUUUAACAACUGCUGAAGCGGUACCCAAACGUGCCGAAACAGAAAAUGGCGUUUUUAAACCUGAUAGUCCUGACACUGUCUGUGCUGUCAAAGCUCAACGAGUCGGUGACCCAACUCAAGUUAACAGCUUGACGACUCGCAGACAAGAUCAACCACAGUUUGAAGACAGGUCACUGAGAAGAGACGUUGGGAUUAAACAGGACUACGCUGACAGGAUUAUAUUUCCACUUCAUCCCUCGGUUCAAGAUUCACUGGAGAUGAGAGAUCACGAACUUUCCUCGUUAAAGAUUUCUCAGGUUUUCUCAUAUAACGAAAUGAAGUCAUUUAACUGCAAUUUGUCAAGUGAGGCGCCUUUCCCAAAAACAUACCAUCAGCCAAUCAGCCAGGCGCAUUUUCCUACAGAAGCCCAUCAGAUAGUCGGCAUGGCACCUUUUCAGAUGGUAAACAAUCAGCAAAUCAGCCGUGCGCAUUGUCCAAUAGUAAACCAUCAGGCAAUUAUCAUGGCGCCUUUUCCAAUGCUAUACAAUCAGCCAAUCAGCGAGGCGCCUGUAAUGAAUCGUAAGCCAAUCAGCGAGGCUUCUGAGCAAGUCAAUUCACUAGGGCUGAACUUCCCUCAGACUCCUUCAGGAGCAGGUAGGUGGACGCCGGAGAGAUAUGUCCUCUGGACCAGAACUUUAAAAGAAAGUAAGGCGGCAAGAUCUCAGAACAAAAAAGUGUCUAUCAAAAGGCCCAUGAAUGCCUUCAUAUUAUGGUCAAAGAUUCACCGACCCAACUUGUCUAAGGCCAACCCUAAUGCCAACCACUGCGACAUCAGUGUCCAGCUGGGGUUAGAAUGGAGCAAACUGUCUGAAGAGCAGAAGGAGCCAUACUACGCGGAAGCACAUAGAAUCAAGGCAGAACACAGUCGGAAGUACCCAGAUUGGGUCUAUCGACCAAAGAAACGUUCUGCAACCAGAGGGCCACCGGCCGUCCCUGCGAAUCAAAAGGCCUCACUCUCCAGUCCAACAUGGGCACAGAGAUCUAACACUUACCCAGAGCCCCUGACAUCAGUCGGAGACAUCACAGGGCAGAGCGGUCUAAUUUCUCCAGCCAACAUGAACCAAACUAUGGAGAUGCAACAACGUGUUACCUUACCAAGGUGUCUUCACUGCGCUCCUCACUGCAUCUUCUCUGCAAAUCUCCACAUGACUGGACCGCAGUUCUACCCAGAACCCAUCCCAUAUUCAAGCUAUUCUAGCCAUCUCACUGACUUCAUAAGCCACUAAGACUAGAGGCAUGAGGCGCUGUCUGUCUUGAAUCUUGAAAAAUAGACGAUAAUUAAAAGGGAAGUCUUUUCAUUCAUUCUAAACUUCUGGGUUCCAGUUUGUUCUCUUCACUGGACUGCACUAGAGAGUGUGUUACCAUUGACAUAUGUGUACUGUAUUAGUAAUUGAUUGUUUUUUUGUUGUUGUUGUUGUUUUUUUUUUUUUUAAGGUUCUAUUAAAAUAAAAUAAAAUGUUUUGAAUUUCCUGCA